GCCUUUCUCACGUAACAGAUAACAAUGGUUUUUUGGUCCUUAUUUUCUUGGGACCAGCACUGGGCUUGGAGAUGUCUGUGGUAUGAAACAGGUGGUCCAGGCUGGGAGCUGUCCCUUUAACACGGGAGGAGGGGCCAAGGCUGCAGGAGGCUGCCGGAAGCCGGGCAGAGUUGGUGCCCAGUUAGGCCGGUGGGCAUCAGGCUGCAGCCAAGCUGGUCCAGGGACUGUGGGCAGGAAGGCACAGAUUGAUGCCUGUAUCACAUGGCCUCAUUUCAUCCUCACAACCAUCCUGCGAUGCACAGGCUCUUCUCCCGGUUUGUUGAAUGGUCCCCUAGGUGGCUGCUGGCAUGGAGGGCCCUCUGGCAGAGUGUGCUAAGGGUGAACACUUCCACACUGUCACGCCUCUGCUGGAGAGCUGGGCCCUGUCCCAGGUGGCGGGCACAACUGUUUUCCUCAAGUGUGAGAAUGUGCAGCCAGCUGGUUCCUUCAAGAUCCGGGGCAUCGGGCAUUUCUGCCAGGAGAUGGCCAAGAAGGGAUGCAAACACCUGGUGUGCUCCUCAGGGGGCAACGCGGGUGUCGCUACUGCUUACUGUGCUCGGAAGCUGGGCAUCCCUGCCACUAUUGUGCUCCCUGAGGGCACUUCUCUGAAGGUGGUGAAGAGGUUGCAGGGGGAGGGGGCCGAGGUUCAACUGACUGGAAAGGUCUGGGACGAGGCCAAUCUGAGGGCACAAGAGUUGGCCAAGAGGGACGGCUGGGUAAACGUCCCCCCGUUCGACCACCCCCUGGUAUGGGAAGGCCACAUCAGCCUGGUGCGGGAGCUGAAGGCAGCACUGGGGACCCCACCAGGGGCCCUGGUGCUGGCGGUGGGGGGUGGGGGGCUCCUGGCUGGAGUGUCAGCAGGCCUGGCGGAGGUGGGCUGGCAGCACGUGCCCAUUGUCGCCGUGGAGACCCAAGGGGCGCACUGUUUCAAUGCGGCCAUCAAAGCAGGCAGACUGGUCACACUGCCGCACAUCACCAGCGUGGCCAAGUGCCUGGGUGCCAAGACGGUGGCCUCACGGGCCCUGGCAUGCACGCAGGAGUUUGAGAUCCUCUCUGAGGUGGUGAACGACGUGGAGGCUGUGAAUGCCGUGCAGCGUUUCCUAGAUGAUGAACGUAUGCUGGUGGAGCCUGCCUGUGGGGCAGCCUUAGCUGCCAUCUAUUCAGGCCUCCUGGGGAGGCUCCAGGCUGAGGGCCGCCUGCAACCGUCCCUGGUGUCUGUCGUGGUCAUCGUGUGUGGAGGCAACAGCAUUGAUAGCCAAGAGCUGCAGGCUCUGAGAGCCCAGCUGGGCCAGAACUGAGGACUCCUGGUCUGGGAAGGCCAUCCGUGCCCCCCAGAGAUCCCCAAGAGGCUCAUGGACACUCCUGUAGCUGAUUGAGGGGCCCCUGUGCUCAUGGAUGGCAGAGAAAGCUGCCCUGUGCUUCUGUGCUGGCCGCCUCCUGCAGGAAGCCCUCCCAAACUGUUCCCUUUGGCUCCCCUGCAGCCCUGGCCAAUAAACCCUUUCUGAAUUGA